UAAUUAUACUAGACUGAUGAACAAGCUAUCAUCUUUAAACAUUUCUUAUUCCCUUUCCGCUGUCAAGUGUACGUCUUGUUAGAAUGAAGGUUGUCGUCCAUCCAGUGAUAUUUUUCAUCGCGAGAAAUAUACCUACCUUGAAGCGUAACAGGAGAGAAGAGGAGAGAGCGUGCAUAUAACUCGUGCCAUUGUGCGCAUGUGCGAGGUUUGCCCCGCUAUCUCGCUUUUCUUUCGAGACAUCUAUCUUCCGAUGCUCCGGGCCGAAGAUGUCGGUUGGUUGACAGUUUGGUUGACAGCACGUGUUAUUUUGUUUUCGAUGCGACGCGAUGGCUACGCAACGUGCGCUUCCUCAGAGUAAAGAGGCGUUAUUGAAGUCGUACAUGACGAGAUUGAAGGACGAUGUGAAGUCGAUGCUGGAUAAUUUCGAAGAGAUAAUUAAACUUGCAAAAGGUGAAAAUGAUUCUCAAUUAUCUCGAAUGACGCAAUGUGAACAGGACACAUAUGAAAUGCAUGUCAGAGCAGCCAAUAUUGUGCGUGCCGGCGAAUCAUUAAUGAAAUUAGUCUCUGACAUAAAGCAAUAUUUAAUAUUAAAUGAUUUUCCCUCUGUAAAUGAAGCUAUAAUACAAAAUGGUAAAUUAUUCAGGACUAAACAAGUAGAAUGUGAUCAAAAAUUGGCCUCCUUGAGGGAUGACAUGGCUACGGAUUUAUAUGAUCUGGAAGAAGAAUAUUAUACUUCGAUAUACAAAUAAUACUAAUUUAAAUUUAGCAUUAGUUUGACAUUAGUUUAAGUUUAAUUUAAAUCCUAGUCCUGUAAUAUAUGUGAGUUUCUUUUUUAAUCCCGAUCAUAAACUGAUUCAUCUUGUACAUUGUUCAUUUAUUUAUAAAUAAAUAGGAUUAAUUUUUAUAACG